AUGAAUGAAGUGGAUAUAACAGAUCAUUUGCCCCCGGGCUUCUUCGAAAUUAUCAGAUCAACGAAAUGGGACGAAAGGCGAGAUGUGCUCAUAGCACUCAUUGAUAAUUUAUCGCAGCAUUCGCGCAUUAAUCCUAAAAUAAAAUACAAUGAAAUUCUUGCUGAGUUGAAACUGAUCAUAUUAAAGGAUUCAAAUAUUACCGUCGUAACACUGGCAUUGCGAGCAUUAACAGCAUUCGUUAAGGGAUUACGCAAAAGUUUUAUGAAAUACAUUCCUAUGGCACAAAAGAAAGCCUCAGUAAAGGAAGCUGUUGUGGAAUGCUUAUCACUUGUGGCUGAAUAUUGUGAUGCCACGAUUCUUACUGAUCCCAUAUGUGAAGCUUUAGAAAAAACCACAAAUCCCAAUAUGAAAGCAGGUAUAGACCAAUGGAUUUAUUGUAUCUUAUGCCGGUAUCCACGAAAUGCUGCACCCAACGCAUUUAUCAAAAGUGUUGCGCCAUACGUUGUUAAACAUAGUAAAGAUAGUGAUCCGGAUGUUCGUGAGGGAAGUUGCAUGGUUUUUGGUGCUAUUUUACGAUUAGUUGAAGAAAAAAUAACGGCUUCUAUUGCUGAUGGAAUAUUCUCUGACAAAACUAAAUUAAAAAAGAUUAUGGAAUAUUUGGGAAAAGCUGAGAAAGAUUUUGAAGCAUAUGAGCAGGCACGAAUCGAAACCAAUAUGGCUUUAGAAUCUUGUACUCCAAGUGAAACUCCAAAAGAAAUGGAACAUUAUGAGGGUGGUUUAGUUCAGUCCGAUGCAGCGAUCAGUUCCUGGGAAUUGCUGACUGAAACGAAAAUCAGUGAUAAAAUCCCGUGUGAUAUACAGGCAAAGUUGACCUCAAAGCGAUGGGCAGAUAGAAAAGAAACACUGGAGAUAUUAUGCAGAAUUUUGGAGAACAAUCCGCGACUUUGCCCUGAUGAAGAUCAUUCGGAGUUGAUUGGAAUUUUGCAUAAGAUACUCGAGAAAGAUGCGAAUAUCAAUGUAGUUGCAGUUGCCGCGAAAUGUAUAACAGGUUUUGCAAAUGGCUUGCGUUAUAAGUUUGCCACAUUCAUACCAAAAAUUUAUGUUUCUGUUUUCGAGAAAUUCAAGGAGAAGAAAUCAAUUCUUCGCGAGCCGUUAAUUGAGCUUUGUGACGUUCUUGCUUUACUUACUCCUCUUUCUGCGUAUAUCGAGACUGUAGAGACUGCGUUGCGAAAGCCAAAUCCACAGAUAAAGACACAAACUGCUCUCUUCCUCUCAAGAUUACUACGUCAACACGAUAUGCAUACUUUAUCGCUUGACUGUAUAAGAGAGAGGCUUGGACCUGUACUCACGAAGUUGUCCUUUGAUGCGGAUCCAGAGAGUCGUGAAGCAUCACUUAUAGCAGUUGGAGCCGUCAUGAAGAUUGCUGGCGAGAAUCUUGUCAAUGAAUGUUGCAGAAGCAUCAUGGAAGAUGUUAAUAAAUCAGCAAAGGUCCGUAAGUAUUGUGAAAGUUUAAUACAAGAAUUUGGACCAAAUGCUUCUGCUCCAAUCUUGAAGUUAUAUCAAGAAACGAAAUCAACAGUAACUACUGCAAAAGUCGGAAAUAACAAAGCAUGUAGAGCCGGUGCGAGGACGAAGAUCAUAAAAGGCAAUAAUAAGAUCAUCAAAAAAGUGUCUCAUGAUGCAACGAUUUCAAAGUCAAAGUUCAACAGUACGACAAAGCCUGCAGUUGGAAAUAACAUAUUUUUUGUUCGGUUUGCAUCACUGCUUGACGUUCGUAAUAUUGCAGAUAUUCAGACACCAGGGACUGAUAUGGCAAAAAACCAUGAAAAUAAAGACGUGUUUUUUGAUGCUGCAGAAGAAAUGGAGAUUGUGUCAUACAGUUCUAUUGAUCUCGGGAAAUCGUUGAAGAGAAAUGGAUCAUAUAUUUUAGAAGAAAGAGAACCAGGAGCUGGAACUACAGAAGAAUUAGUUCCAUUACAAUCUAUUAGUCGUGAAACGAAACAGUCCGAUCCGGCUAACUUUACAUUUCCAUCGGUUCGCAACUAUGGAUCUCGCUUACCUAUUCCGACACCACGAGGCACAUGCGGAAGUCGUAUUCCUUUACCUGUCUAUAGACGCACAUAA